AUGUUCCCAUACCAAUACUCUCAUGAUACAGAUUACUCGGGCAUCGACCCAGACUACACGGGAAGCUACCCUGACGAGUCCUUGGUAGACUGGGACGGAGCUCAAGGCAGCACCGUCUACACACCGGCACCCAGCAGCAGUUCGAACAAGAGCCGCAGCAGCAAACGGUCCAAGUCAAGCAAACUCACGAAUUACUCGGGCUCAGACACCGAAACAGAAGAAGCCAAGAUGUCUUCACGAUCAUCCAAGUAUUCGGGUUCCACCAGCUCCAAGAAGGAGAAGUCUUCGUCACCGAGAUCAAAGGAGUCUGAUGACUGGAGUGCCGUGACUGACCCGGAGAUGAGACGCCGGAUUCAAAAUAGGAUUGCUCAGCGCAAGUUCAGGGACAAGGCCCGUGAGCAAAAGGAGCGCGACCAACGCGAUGCCCUUAAUGAGCAAUAUGCCGACAGUAGCUACCGCAUCCGCAGUGCCGAUGAGUUGGUGGACGAAGGGGAUCUGGCAUGGGGCAGCUUCAGCAUGGGCCACAUGCUCUCUCGAGGGCAUGAAGCUGCCAGUGCGGGGCAACGGACUCACAGUGGCGGGAGCAGAAGGGAGUCUGACCUCGUGAUGGAUCAGGCCAUGUAUAGCAGCCACAGCAUGAGCCCUUACCCACCGACAUCAAUGGGCAUCCCGACGACCUCGGGCUAUACCAUGGGGGGGGGUGCCAGCUGGGGCGGGGACGGGGCAAGCAGCGGAGGGGGUGAUGUUGGGUACUAUGAUUCGCCUUAUGGUGGGUACUAUGAUGGCACGGAACACCGUUGA